CACGUGUGACGCUACGCUGGCAACCAUCCAUCGCAUUUCUCCUUCCUUCCUCCACCAUUCUCUUCCAUCGUCCCUCCCUUCUGUGCUCUCCUUUCCCCCCAAAAUCCCAUUCCUUCUUCGUCGUCGUCUUCUUCACCAAUGUCGAAUUUCCAUUGACGCGAUUAUCACGAAAAAAAGAAACGAAAAAGAUUCAUUGAGAGAAUUUUCCGGCUCUGCCCAGGUACCAUCGGCGCUUUUUCUUGAUUUUCAGAAUUCUUCGAUUGAGGGUUUCCGUAAAGGGAAGGGAUUGAUUGCGUUUUGAUUCGGGGGAAUCCGUGUUGAAUAUUAAUCGGGAGGCGGUGGCGGCGGUGGGUGAGGGUGAAGAGCUGCCACCUCUGGUGGGGAGCGCCAUGAUUGGGGUCGGCGGAUUUGAUGAUUUUAAGGGACUUCCUUUGUGUUAGGUGUGGUUUUCGCUUUGUGGGUGCAUUGAAAUCGGAAGCUUUUUCCAGUGAGUGAACACUUCCCACCUCCCGCUCUCCAUGUGUAACCAAGGGAUUGAAUCCCUGAACCAGAACCAUAAAACUAGCAACCAGAAUUCGAUGGAUACUCCAACUUCAGCCACUAAUUCCACCCCAGGUUCAAACUUUUGCCCCAAUGACGAAACCCCACGAGUAAAAUUCCUGUGUAGCUUCUUAGGCAGCAUAAUGCCUCGCCCGCAAGAUGGGAAACUGCGGUAUGUGGGCGGGGAGACCCGGAUUGUGAGCUUGCCUAGGGAGAUUGGGUAUGAGGAGCUUAUGAGCAAGAUGAGGGAGCUUUACGAAGGUGCAGCGCUGUUGAAGUAUCAGCAGCCGGAUGAAGAUCUCGAUGCACUGGUCUCGGUUGUGAAUGAUGAUGAUGUCACCAAUAUGAUGGAGGAGUACGAGAAGUUGGGGUCUGGGGAUGGGUUCACUAGGCUUAGAAUUUUCCUCUUCUCGCACUCUGAGCAAGAAGGGUCCCCCCAUUUUGUUGAUGGGGAUGAUAGAGAGACCGAGAGGAGGUAUGUGGAUGCGUUGAACAAUUUAAAUGAUGUGGCGGAUUUUCAUAGGCAGCAGCAGGUCGAUUCCCCUAUGAUUGAUGAGCAUUUCUUCAACCAGAUGAGUCUUGAUGGUGGGAUUCAUGGACAGAGGAAUCCUGAUGUGUCUUUGCCACAGUACCAUCUUCGACAUGUUGCUGUUCCUCAAAGGUACAGUGAAAUGGAAGGUCCAUGGAGCCCAGCUUAUUAUUCUCCCAGGCAUCAUGGGCAUCAUGAUCAUCCAAGAUCAAUGUCUGAUUUUCCGAGUUCGCCCCCAUCAGCUCGAUAUCGGAUGCCAUUUGGGGAUAUGCCUGAUAAAAGCAUGGAUAGGGUGCCUGAAGAGUAUGCUCGUCUGCAGAUGAACCAUCAGGUACCUUAUACCGAGAAUGUGGCAUGGAUGCAUGAUAAAGCUGGUUUCCCAGGCAAUUUGAUGCAUGGUCAAGGCGUUAUGGAAGGGAAUAGUAGUGCCUGUGAGCAUUGUCAUACUCCUUUUCAGAGGAGUCAGUUACAUUUGGAGCAGGCUAACAUGGGAAAUGGUAUUCCCCAUGGUGUUAAUUCGUGUAGCGAGUGUUCUCCACCAAAUAGAGAAGCUUUCUUAGUACAUGGAGAUCCAAACAUGCACCACACUGUAUACCCAAACGACCAUUAUCUCUCUGGAGCUGGUAGGUUCAAUGAUCAACAUUAUAUUGUAGAAGGUCCAGGCAGGAACUACUCACUUGGUCAUGGGGCUUUAGGUGACAGCCAUCAUGUUUCUUCCAGUUAUGCCCCACAUCGAGCUGGUCCUGACAUGGGGAAUGAAGCAUUUCAUGAUCCAUCGGUAGCUCCUGCACAUCACCAGCACGUGCCACCAGUCGACGAUCGUAGCAUCAGAUAUGGGAAUUUUCCUGGUGCUUAUGGAACUGAAACAGUUUAUCAGAUGCCUCAUGGACAUGGUCAUGGACAGAGUUUGUGGAGAAAUGCUCAAAACCCUAUGCUUGGAGGUCCUUACGAAGCAGCCACUGGAGCCCCGCAAGUUAAUGGUACAUUAAAUCCUGCUUAUAUUAGAGGCACAGUAGAGGGUGGUCCAAGGGUUGUAGCUAUUGGCAUUGAAGCUCAGCAUGCUUGGUCUGACUCCUCACAGACCAGGUUGGGUUUUGAUGCCAUGGCUGUCCCGGAGUAUGCUUAUCCCCCUGCUUUGAACACUAAUCCAGCUAGUUAUGGGGUGGACGCUAGGCAGUCGAUUGCUCCCGAAUCUACUUGUCAUCCACUUCCAUUUCCACUUGAAAUAGCAAAUUCACUUGCUCCAAUAGCCACUGUUAGUCACAUUCCUGUUGGACUCAGCAACACUGUUGUGGUCCCUGACAUGGCAAAAGUGGAAGAGACAAACAUUGGUGGCACAGAAAUAGAUGCGAGUUAUGCAGGGAAACUGAAUAUGGUUAAUUUAGUUCAUGUUGUCAAGCCGAAUCAGGAGGUGGCUCUGGUGGAUUUGUCAGACCCAAAUAACUUGCGGAGUCAUGCCGACAGCAAUUUCAUGCCAAUGGGUGAAAAUAAGUCUUCUGUUGGGGACUCUAAGCUAUCUGUGAACCACUUAAGUUACUUACCUGAGUUAAUUGCUUCUGCAAAGAAAGCUGCAUUGGAGGAGGCUGAGGAAGUGAAAGCGAGAGUUGAAGAAAAUGUUUCUCAUUUGAAGGAUACUGUGGCAUCAAAAGAAGCAACUGUCAAGGAGCCUGAAGCAGUGAAUGGCGUUGAAGAAGUAGAGUUGGAUUCGGAUAAUCCAAACCUCAACAAGAUUGAGCCCACAAAGGCUGAGGCCGAAGCUAUCGAGAGGGGAUUACAGACUAUAAGAAACGACGACCUGGAGGAGAUCCGUGAAUUGGGUUCUGGAACUUAUGGAGCUGUUUAUCAUGGGAAAUGGAAGGGUUCUGAUGUGGCUAUAAAAAGAAUAAAGGCUAGUUGUUUUGCUGGAAGACCUUCUGAAAGAGAGCGACUGAUUGCAGAUUUCUGGAAGGAAGCAUUAAUAUUGAGUUCACUACAUCAUCCCAAUGUUGUCUCUUUCUAUGGUAUAGUUCGUGAUGGCCCUGACGGAUCCUUAGCAACUGUAACAGAGUUCAUGAUCAAUGGUUCUUUGAAGCAGUUUUUACAAAAGAAGGACAGAACCAUUGACCGGCGGAAGAGACUCAUCAUAGCAAUGGAUGCCGCAUUUGGCAUGGAGUAUCUGCACGGGAAGAAUAUUGUUCAUUUUGAUUUGAAGUGUGAAAACCUGUUAGUAAAUAUGAGAGAUCCACAGCGGCCCAUCUGCAAGAUUGGCGAUUUGGGCUUAUCGAAGGUCAAACAGCAAACACUUGUGUCGGGUGGUGUUCGUGGAACUCUACCUUGGAUGGCCCCUGAGCUUCUGAGUGGGAAGACCCAUAUGGUGACUGAGAAGAUUGAUGUUUAUUCCUUUGGGAUUGUGAUGUGGGAGUUGCUGACCGGAGAAGAACCUUAUACGGAUUUGCAUUGUGCCUCAAUAAUAGGAGGUAUUGUGAACAACACUUUACGUCCCAAGAUCCCAACCUGGUGUGAUCCAGAAUGGAAAUCUUUGAUGGAAAGUUGCUGGGCUUCUGACCCUUCAGAAAGGCCAUCAUUUUCUGAAAUUUCUCGAAAGCUGAGGACCAUGGCUGCUGCAAUCAACGUGAAAUAAUGAUCGGGUUGUGAAGUAGAUCUUUCUCACUUCUUGACUGGCUGAUUAUAGCCAUAGAAAAAAGUUGGCCCUUUAGUCUUCAAAUAGUGAUAAAGCAGAAGAAAAGAAGAAGAAGAAGAAAAAAACUUUAGAUUUAUGAUAUUGUUAUUAUGCCUUGAUAGUAUCUGCAGGCUUAUGGGAUAGAGACCCAGUCCCUUUCAGAGAACAUGCCCCCGUAUUCUCUAAAUAUGGAGAGGGUUAAUGAUGCACAAUCAGAAUGUUUUUUUUGCUAUUUUGAAUGUGAUCAUAUAAAUGGUAGUGAAAUAUAAUCUAUCUCUGCUACUAUUUGGAAUGAAGGGGGAGGAUAUGUAUAUAUAUAUAUCUAUCUAUAUAUGAUGAUGAUGAUGAAGCUCUGGUGUUUCUUUAGCCUCCUCCAAGAGCUUUCUCCAUUCUUGGAGGACGAAGACGACGAUGCAUAGCACUCUAUUCGCACUUCAGCAUGAGCUUCUCAGAUGGGAUCUUGGCCGGCCAAAUAGCUAGCUGUAUUAGAAAGUAUGCUAUAUUGGCAUUCCUCAUGUUCCCUUCUUUUGGGUGGAUUUUUUUUCUGCACACUGCUGAGGGACGUUUUCCCACAUAUAAAAUGAACUGCACAAAUUUUGAGCUCAAUGUGUUCUUUAUUAUUGUUACUAUUGCUUGCUGUGAUGGAGCACUGUCUAUUUAUGGUGCAAUGAAGCUCAUGCAGAAGUCGAGGCCCGAAAAAUUUUCACUCUGUUGCUUCUGUAAGAAAGAUUGUAGCUUUUCUUCUUAUUUUACCUCUUUGAUUCUGCAUAUGAACUAUUAGAGUACAUGUUAAAUGAACAAUUUCAUGUCUCUUAUGAUACAGCUUGUCACUUGAUUGCUUCAUGAAGCCAGACACUGUGCCUGAGGGCACAACAUGUGUAUGUUCUGUAUGUGUAUAUCGUCGAUAAUCUGUACCUUCUGUCGCGUUUGGAGCACAGAGUGAUGCAAGUGGGAGUGUGCUUUCUCGAUCGACAGUGACCUGUUGACAUUUGUUUCUCAACCUCUACUGUUGUCAUGGUACAGGUGACGAUUGAGAAAUCUGAAGUCAAUGCAGUGUUUAACUUACCAACUCCCUCUACUGUGGCAUUGAAAGGAGCCGAGGGAGUACCGUAGAACCACUCCAAUAUGGAGCUAGGUAUAGGAUGAUCCCAACAAAAUGGUCUGUUCAAUCACGCAAACCCGAUUACUUAGAGGACAAAGGUCAAAGAAUAUAGUAUUGAGUAUUUGGUGAAGAAGUUUAUCAUCAAGAU